AUGUUGCUAUCCAUCAUUGGUAACACUCUUGUGUUAGUCGCCAUAUUGAAGACGCCAUCGCUUCGUUCACCUUCCGUCAUUUUUCUCUGCAAUUUGGCUCUUUCAGAUCUUCUUGUGGGAUUGGUGGUACAACCAGUUUAUAUGGUAGAACAAAUGGUAAAAACUGUUCCAAAACUACAAGAAGCAGUAGGAGGAAUGGGAUUUGCUGGGUGCGGUGUCUCUCUCUCGACAAUGACAGCCAUAACAGUGGAUCGUUUCUUAGCUCUCCACUAUCACCUGCAGUACCCAAAUUUAAUGACAACAAGCCGGGCAAUCUAUACAAUAGUAACUAUUUGGUGUAUCAUCACGUUAUUCUCUUUUUCAGUUCUUUGGUCGCCGCGUAUUUAUUAUUUUCUUGUAGCUUUUUGUAUCACAAUUUGCCUUUUAGUUUGCUUGGUUUGUUUCAUCAAGAUUUACCGAAUUGUUCGCCGGCAUCAGGUGCAAAUUCACGUUCAACAACAAGCAGUGGAAAAUUCAACUGAUACAAAUAAACAGCAAAUACGACAAUCAACAAAGAGUGCGAAAAAUAUCUUCAUAUAUUUCCUCGUCAUGAUUUUAUGCUACACUCCAUGGUUUUUUGUUUAUAUUAUUUCAGCCAUUAAUAAUUUAAACUUGAUAGUUCUCCGGACCUUUCCGGUUACUGUAGUGUUCGUGAACUCGUCUAUCAAUCCAUUUCUAUAUUGCUGGCGUAUUCCCGAGCUCCGAACGACAGUUUUUAAAACAGCAAGGCUUUUAUUUUGUAGAGAAAUGGAUUAAAGCGCUUCAACCUAGAAACAAGUCAUUGUACAAAAUCUAAAUGUAUUGUAGAAACAAAGUGUUCUAAUCAUUGUGACUCUUAAGGCUAUGACAUCAUAAGAUAUUUCAAUUCGUGUUUUCGCGUUGAUCAACCAUCAGGUGAUCCUUCCCGUUUUAGCCGAAGAUCUGCACGAACAAAACCGAAAAAGAAAGAAGCAAAAGAAAUGCGGCGAAUUAUAGUUCCACUAGACAAUAAGGGUGAGCAUGGAUUUUGAAAAGGGGAAAGUAACAAAUGAAUUUUCUGCUCUAUAAUUAUAUGUAGGCGCACUAAUUUUCAACACUUUUAGCUCUAAACGUUAUUGUGAGAGGACAACUUUUGUAAUAUUAUAUACUAAACAUAAAUGUGACACUUAUAAAGCCUGUAUCAAAUACCUUGAUAAGGUCUAAAAAAAAAUCAGUUAUAAGAACUAAUCCUGACUCUCCCCAGUUUAACUGUGGAUAACCAGUUUCAUUAAGGAUUUCCUUUGCGUGAAAAUUGCAGUUUUGAUUUUGGUUCGUAUGGGAGAAACCCAUGCUGCUCAUCAACGCAGUUGGCCAGCACAUCAUUCAUCAUGCCUAGUUAUUAAACAUUUAAAACAAACAUUCAAAAAAUCUAGAUAUCGACAAUAGAAGAUUUAUAUUCGCUCGCAAACUCAAUCCGUCAACUGCUCUUCAUCAUAUUUCUGUUCUUUUAAGCAUAACCGCUAUCUUCCCUCGAACUCCAGUGCGCAUGACCAUGUUGAUGACAACCUGACUUACAACAGAGAUAAAUCCUCCGCUUGUUAAUGAAUGCAUAGUAACUAAGCCAAAGAUGACUUGGCCAGAUGUCGCAUAAAAUGAAGACGUUCAGUUUGCGUCUCGGGAUUCCAUCAAUACAUUCGCCAGCCAUGGAUUAAUGGUUUUUUAAACAAAUGAAGUUGUUACGGAUUAAAGCCCACAACAUUUUAACUUUGCAUAUUGUGUUUCUUAAAUACUUUCUGCAUGAUUUUUUGCCUCACGUUUUCCUUAUUUAUUUUUUUUUUUUUUUUUUUUGAGUACCGCACGAUUGCCGGGUCAAAUAGAAGACUUAGCUCUUCGUUUAACUAAAAGCCAAAGUCGUCAUAAGGUACCACAUAGUAAUGAAUUCAUUUUCACGCCGAUUUCUGCCAGUCGGAAUGCACUGUGUGAGUUCAUUGGCAUAUUGAUCGAGCUUUCUUUUUACGUUCAAAGAAUAAUUUUAGAACAAUUUUAGUGUAGGGGUAGUUUAGGGUAGCUUCUUUUAUCCUCGCUAUUAGAGGAGACACAUUUGAGUUAAAUUUUACUAGUUCGUGUUUGCCUCACUUCUCAGUGAGUGAUAAUGAAUUUACAAACAAACCAGUUAGAUUCAUCUGUUAUUUUUGUACGUGGAAAGCAUCUUUUGUUCUCCACCUUUGGGUAAACAAAAACCUUUAUUUCAGGUCAUGUACGUAUUAG